AUGUUUAUUAAUUUCAGUACAAUUCUGUAGCAUAGAGAAAAAGAGGGCUUUCAAAACCAUUCAGUGAUCACUUAAGAUUCCUUUCUUUUUCUUCUUGUUCCACAGGUACUCUGUGUCUGCGUGUUAACAACAAUCCUAGGAUGUAUAUUUGGCCUGAAGCCUAGCUGUUCAAAAGAUGUGAAAACCUGCAAAGGUCGUUGCUUUGAAAGGACCUUUGGAAGCUGCCGUUGUGAUAGAGAUUGCAUCAAGCUUGGGAACUGCUGCUUAGAUUACCAGGAAACAUGUAUACAACCAGCCCACAUAUGGACUUGCAAUAAAUUCAGGUGUGGAGAGAAGAGGCGACCAGAAUAUCAUUGUUCCUGUUCAGAUGAUUGUGUGGAAAAUAAAGAUUGCUGUGUGAAUUAUCAUGCUGUUUGUAAAGGAGAGGCAAGCUGGGUUGAAGAAGAGUGUGAGGACAUUACUGAACCUCAGUGUCCGAAAGGAUUUACCAAGUCUCCGGUGUUACUGUUUUCAUUGGAUGGCUUCAGAGCAGAAUAUUUGCAGACUUGGGGUGGACUUCUACCUGUUAUUAGCAAAUUACAGAAAUGUGGAACAUACACUUCCAGUAUGAGACCAGUGUAUCCUUCAAAAACCUUUCCCAAUCAUUACUCCAUCGUCACGGGGCUGUAUCCUGAAUCUCAUGGUAUUAUAGAUAACAAGAUGUAUGACCCCAAGAGAAAUGCAUCCUUCACCCUUAGAAGUGAGGAGAAGUUUAAUCCCCAGUGGUACCAAGGACAGCCUAUUUGGCUAACGGCUAUGUACCAAGGUCUAAAAGCGGGUACGUUCUUUUGGCCUGGAUCAGAUGUAGCAGUUAAUGGAACCUUUCCAAACCUGUAUGAAAAAUACAAUAGCUCAAUCCCCUUUGAAGAAAGGGUGGUAACUGUUCUUCGCUGGCUGCAGCUGCCUGAAGAUGAAAGACCACACUUUUACACUCUGUAUUUAGAAGAACCAGAUUCCUCAGGCCAUAAGUUUGGACCAGUAAGCAGCGGAGUCAUUGUGGCAUUACAGAGAGUGGACAACAUAGUAGGGAUGCUGAUGGAUGGUCUCAAGCAAAUGAACUUGCAUAAAUGCCUGAACAUUAUUUUUAUAUCAGAUCAUGGGAUGGAAGCGGGGAGCUGCAGAAAAACAGCAUAUCUGAACAGCUAUCUGGAUGAUGUUCAAGAUUUCAUAGUAGUACCUGGUCCUGCAGCUCGCUUAAGACCUAAUAAUGUUCCAGAUGAGUAUUUCUCUUUUAAUUAUGAAGGCAUUGUCAGAAACCUCACAUGCAUAGAACCACAUCAGCCUUUCAAAGCUUAUAUGAAACAGCUGCUACCCAAGCGUUUCCAUUAUUCCUAUAAUGACCGGAUUGAACCAUUGCACUUCUAUUUAGACUCCCAAUGGCAGCUUGCUAGGAAACCGCUUGAGAUUAAAAGCUGCACGGGUGGAUUCCAUGGUUCAGACAAUCGCUUCCCCAGUAUGCAGGCUAUCUUUAUUGGUUUUGGACCAGGAUUCAAGUUUCGUACUCAAGUUGAUCCAUUUGAAAACAUUGAAGUAUAUAAUUUAAUGUGUGAUUUGCUUGAUUUGAAACCAGCCCCAAACAAUGGAACUCACGGACGCCUAAACCAUCUUUUAAGGAACCCUGUUUACAUCCCCCACCACCCCAAAGAAACAAGCCACCCUUCUGAAUGCUCUGUGGUGGGACAAAGAGCCUUUUCAGUGAGCCUUGGCUGCUCCUGUAGGACAGGGGGCUUGCCAGUCAGGGAUUUUCAUCAGCGUUUAAAUCUCACUGAAACAGAAGUUAAAAAUAUAGAGAAAUUUACUUUGCCCUAUGGACGGCCCAGGGUUCUGCAGAAGAGGCAUAAUUACUGCCUCCUUUACCAUUACCGUUAUGUGAGUGGGUACAGCAAGGACUACAGGAUGUCUCUGUGGAGUGCGUACACCAUUAACAAAGAGGACAAAUGGGUUUCUGCUACAGAGGAUGCCUCCAGCUGUUUACACAAGGAUGUUCGUAUUUCUUUCAAUCAUAAUCAGACAUGCUUGUUUUAUAACAAUCAUCCUCGCUUAACUUAUGGAUUCCUUUCUCCUCCAA